UCAGGACCUCCGAGGAUGACUCCUGCUUUUUCCCUUCUAGUGCUGACCAUCCUUGCCAUGUUCAGCCGGAGAUUUUCCCAGGCCUUCUCACUGGACACUGUCAACAGAGCAGCAGACUUUAUGGCAACGCUGAGGCUGAUCUACCCCCAUGCAGACACCCUCUGUGAAAAGGACUUUGAGUGUCUCUUUGACUGCCCUGAGACAAAGCAAUUCCUCGAGUGGUUCUGCAGCACAGUGGGUGAGGAGAAUGUGCUGAGCCCAGCUGAGGUGGAGGCCUAUGAGGCCCUGCUGGCUGCAGGCAAGCCCAUCCUGGAAGGCGAUGCCCUGGAGGAGGCCCUGCGGAUGUGCUGCCAUGUCCCGCAGCUCCCGAGCUCAAUAGUGGAUGAAGGGCCCUCUCAAGAGGCCUUGCAGCAGAAGCUUCAGGAGCUGAAGCACUAUCGUGACUGCCAGCUCUGGAGGUACAGGAAGCUGUUGGCUUGGACAAACAAGCUGCAGCAGGAGCACAAGUAUUUGGAGGAGAAGGAGAAAGCAGUGAAGCAGGAGUUGAGGAUGGCUCAUAUAAACCUGAAAGCAAAGAUCUUCAAAACCAGAGCUGUCUUGAGCCAGGUCAGCAAGGCUUCAAAGCAGAUGUCAGAGUGUCAUGGGAACAUGGGGAUGGGCCAGCUGCCAACAUGGCUGUGCCAGAUAGAUCUUGCUCCUUACCUGGAGCAAGAACAACAGGCCACUGAUGUAUUUGAGAGCUUCAUCCAGCAGGUCCUACCAGAUAGUGUUCAGGCUCCAGAUGCUUGGGAAGCAAGUGCACAAGGCAAGAGCAGCCUGAAGGAAGGGUUGGAGGCUGAGACACAAAUGGACUCAUACUGUGAAAUACCAGAAGAAAGAAGAGGAGCUCCUUAUCAAGAAUGCACUAAGACACCAUGGCAGGGGGCACCAGUAAGCUGGGGAAUAUCGGUCCAAGGCUCAAAAGCAGAGCUCCUAGAGGAGGGAGGGAAUGAGAGAGAUGGCAGCCAGGAAGUCACAGAGAGAAGGGACACCAAGAAAACAUCAAUGCCAAAAUGUCUUGGGACUGAUGAAGAGGAGCUGCUGGAGGACCAAGACAGCUUCUGGAAGGAGCUGGGCCGACUAGAGACAGCACAUAUCUGUGCCCGGAGGGAGGUUAUAGUCACAGCAGCAAAAGUGGAAGGCACCCGUGCUGCGCUGGAGUGGGCCCAGAGGACUCUGGAAUCUCUUGAGAAUAACCAGCAGGCAGCCGAGGCUGAGCUCCAGAGCCAGGCUGCCAUGCUCCAGAGGCAGCUUCACACCCUGCGUUUUGACAUCAGGCAGGCUCUGACACGCCAGCUGCCACCCCUGCUGAAGGCAGAGGCUCGCCGCUUUCACCUGCCCAUCCUGCACAAGUACUUUAGCCUGGAAGUUUCCCGCCUCCAGAACACUGCCAGGAGGCAGGAGGAGGCAGCUGCAUGGCUGUUGAGCCAGCACAGCCGCCUGGAUCUGCUGGAGCUCCAGCUGAAACGGGAGAGAAAGGAGCUGGAACAACAGGCUGCUUGGCUGGAGAAGAUCGAAACCAUGACAAGGGAGUCCCAGACCAGGCUGCAGGAGCAGAAGAACUACUUCAGGCCCUCCCAGAAGGGUCAUCCACACAAAUGGAUAAGCCCCAAAGACCUCACUGCUGUACGGCUCUGGGAUAUGCUGAUGGGGAAAGAUCAGGAGCAGCAGCCCUUCCGCAGCUAUGAAGCCAUGGCAGCCAAGUGCUCCCAGCUGUUUCAGGACAAGAAGGCACUGGAAGCCCAGCUGGAAGGUCCUAUGCCCCAGGUGUCUGCCCUGGAGUCCUCCAUAGAGGUGUUGUACCACCAACUGUACAACAGCUCCAACCAGCUGCAGCUCUCCUCGCCGGAGAUCUCCAAGCUGAUGCAGCAGUUGAUCAUCAUGCAGGAUGACCUCUAUCAAAAGCUGACAGAUCUCCUGAGUGACUUGGAGAUCAAGCACAGGUCUCUGGAGAACCCCGUCCUGCAGGCAGAGCGCAACCUUUAUGUGCAUUUUUACUGCAAUGAGGGUCAGCUGCGAGAGGCAGUAGAGGAGCUGGAGAAGCAGGCAUCAGCUUCCUCCAAGAGACCACAGAGGGAGCUCCCCUAUGGAAAGGAGUAGGUCAAAGGGAUCCUUGUUCCCUGCCACAGUAGUGGUGUCCUCUUUUGGUUGGGCUGGGUCCUUAAUUCUAGACUGGGAGAGAAGUCUGGUGGUCUCUACUCUGGUGACAGGUUACUUGGACCAUGACCUGGCAGCUGGACUUAAUAGAAACUAAGAGAUUAAUCCUUAAGUACAGAGUUUCUGGGGGCUGGUUUAGAUGAUGUGUAAGAAAUUGAUGCAUCUUGUGGCAUUGGAAGCCUUGGAUAGACAAGACACUUCUCAUGCCAGCUCUACAAGAGGAUGGGUGCUGGGGGCAAGUGGACCAACACUGUCUGUGUCUUUCCCCACUUUCUGAGGAAAGGGGUUUUGUGUGUUUUUGGGAGAAUAAAAAGGUCUGUUACUCAACUGCAGAGCAAUAA